GAAAAUUGUUGUGCUAACAAGCUGGCUAAUACGUUGGAGUUUCACAUAUCUGACAUGAGUAAUAGGAUUAUCCCAACGCUUAAAUCAAAAAUCACGUGACUACUACGUACUUUCAUGUUGUUGAUUUGCUAGUUAAUGUCUUUUUCUAAGUUUGCUUCCCCAAAAACUAUGUUUGAUAGGUACGUGUUCAGUUCGUGAAUAUAGUUUUUUAUAUAUAUUUUUAAAUAAACAACAACAAAUAGCGCUGUGUUUGUGCUCAGGACAUGCUUCAUCGAAGUCUUAAAGAAGUUUUGAGAUGUUCCCGUCCACAACUAUUUAUAUCAACACUUCGGCAGAAUCUAUCUGCUCUGGUUUUCCUUAAAGGUCUAAACGGUGCAACUCUCCCCAAAACUAUGGCUACCGGAGGAGAAUCAACCAGGUGCAGAGCCUCUGAGCCCAUGGAGGAGGAGGAGCAAAGGAAAGGAGGCGGGGCUGAGGAGAGGCGAGGGGGAGGGGCUGAGGAGAGCAGAGGGGGCGAGGAGGAGCGUCUGAUUGACCCAGAGGCGGUUCAGCUGGUGGUGCGGCCCAAAGCGGGGUCCCCCUCCUCGCCCCCGGGGGACCCCCGGCACCACAGCGGCUCCUCGCGGAAGAGCUUCCGGCUGGACUACCGGCUGGAGGAGGACGUGACGCGGUCGCAGAGGGACGCCGGCGGACGCUUCAUCAACCCCUGGAGCACCUGGAGCUUCCCCUCCUACGCCACCAUGAUCCGCCUCUUCCUCACGGAGAAGAACCACAGCAACGUGCCCAGCUCCAAGGAGGUUCUGGAUAAGGAGCUGCCGGUCCUGGAGCCGUUCUUCCUGCGGAGCCCCGAGAGCGUGGGCGCCGUGGGUCCGGGCCUGCGGGUCACGUGGCUGGGUCACGCCACGGUGCUGGUGGAGAUGGACGGCCUGGUGAUCCUAACGGACCCCAUGUUCAGCCAGAGGGCCUCGCCGCUGCAGAUGCUGGGGCCCAAGCGGUACCGGGGCCCCCCGUGCUCCGUGGAGCAGCUGCCUCGCGUGGACGCCGUGCUCAUCUCGCACACGCACUACGACCACCUGGACGCGGCCUCGGUGGCGGCGCUGAACAGGCGCUUCGGCCCGGAGCUGCGCUGGCUGGUGCCGCUGGGUUUGCUGGACUGGAUGCAGAGCUGCGGCUGCGUCAACGUCAUCCAGCUGGACUGGUGGGAGGAGAACUGCGUUCCCGGCCACGACGACGUCACCUUCGUCUGCACGCCCGCCCAGCACUGGUGCAAACGCACGCCGCUCGACGACAACCGCACGCUCUGGGGUAGCUGGACAGUGCUGGGUCCCUCCAACCGCUUCUUCUUCGCGGGGGACACAGGCUACUGCUCCUCCUUCCAGGAGAUCGGCAGACGCUUCGGGCCCUUCGACCUGGCAGCCAUCCCCAUCGGAGCUUACCUGCCCAGAGGGAUCAUGCGUUCCCAGCAUGUAGACCCAGAGGAGGCAGUGAAGAUCCACAUAGACGUCCAGGCCAAACACUCCCUCGCUAUCCACUGGGGUACCUUCGCCUUAGCUUAUGAGUAUUACCUGGAACCCCCGGUGAAGAUGAGAGAGGCCAUGGAACAGCAGGGUCGCGACCCCGAGGAGUUCUUCACCCUCAACCACGGAGAGUCGCGUCUACUCGCCGCCACACAGGAUGUGUUUGACUGAGAGGACCGACUACACACACACACACUCUUACAAAUACUCACACACACACACACACA